UUCAUAAACUGGGCAGCCAGAUCAGCUCGUUUCUUUUAUUUCAUUGCCCGCCUCCCUUUAAGCUGACUGGGUGAGAGCAGCCCAAAGAAGGAGACGUUUUUUGCGAGGAAUUAUAAGAAACCAAAGAACAGGCAUUAUAAGAAACCCAAAACAGGAAUUAUAAGAAACCAAAGACAGAACAGUGACUGCUCCUGGCUGUUGUAGUGGGAUCUUAAAAGAGGAGAGAGGAAGAAGAGAAAGCCGGUCAUGAGAGGGAAAGAAGAGAAAUCUUCCCUGAAAGCUUUCAUGAAGCAGAGGAGAAUGGGGCUGAACGACUUCAUCCAGAAAAUCGCCACCAACUCCUACGCCUGCAAGCACCCUGAAGUCCAAUCUAUUUUGAAGAUCUCCCAGCCUCAAGAGCCUGAACUGAUGAAUGCCAAUCCCUCUCCUCCGCCCAGUCCAUCCCAGCAAAUCAAUCUUGGCCCAUCAUCCAACCCCCAUGCUAAACCAUCAGAUUUCCAUUUCCUGAAGGUUAUUGGAAAAGGCAGUUUUGGGAAGGUUCUUCUUGCAAGGCAUAAGGCAGAAGAACAAUUUUAUGCAGUUAAAGUCCUCCAAAAGAAAGCAAUCCUGAAAAAGAAAGAGGAGAAACACAUAAUGUCAGAACGCAAUGUCCUACUGAAGAAUGUCAAGCAUCCUUUCCUGGUUGGACUCCACUUUUCUUUCCAGACGGCUGACAAACUGUACUUUGUCCUAGACUACAUCAAUGGGGGCGAGUUGUUCUACCAUCUCCAAAGGGAGCGUUGUUUCCUGGAACCAAGAGCUCGUUUUUAUGCUGCUGAAAUAGCCAGUGCACUGGGUUACCUGCAUUCUUUGAACAUUGUUUAUCGAGACUUGAAGCCAGAGAAUAUUUUGCUUGAUUCUCAGGGCCACAUUGUUUUGACUGACUUUGGACUCUGCAAAGAGAACAUAGAGCACAAUGGCACAACUUCUACAUUUUGUGGCACUCCUGAGUACCUUGCCCCUGAAGUCCUUCAUAAGCAACCCUAUGACCGGACUGUGGACUGGUGGUGCCUUGGAGCAGUCUUGUACGAGAUGCUGUAUGGACUGCCCCCUUUCUACAGCAGAAACACAGCAGAAAUGUAUGACAACAUUUUGAACAAACCUCUGCAGCUAAAGCCAAAUAUCACCAAUUCUGCUAGACACCUUUUGGAAGGUCUUUUGCAAAAGGACAGGACCAAGAGACUAGGUGCAAAGGAAGACUUUAUGGAGAUUAAGAAUCACAUCUUCUUCUCCCCAAUUAACUGGGAUGAUCUCAUUAAUAAGAAGAUUACACCCCCUUUUAACCCAAAUGUGAGUGGCCCCAAUGACCUGAGGCACUUUGACCCUGAGUUUACAGAGGAGCCAGUCCCAAACUCAAUUGGCCAGGCUUCUGACAGUAUCCUCAUCACUGCCAGUGUCAAGGAGGCAGCUGAAGCUUUUCUGGGCUUUUCCUAUGCUCCUCCCAUGGAUUCUUUCCUGUGAAUUUCUACAAGCAAUUUCAUUCUUCCAUCCUUUCAUCCUGUUUAUUUUUUUUUUUAAAUGACCUUUCUGUUGGCCUUCUGGUUGAGCUGCCAGUGGUCCAGUCACCUUGAAAGAUAAAAAUUUGCACAUCUUCCCACACUGUGUGGCAGCUUUCCAGCCUUAAUUUCAACUGUAAUGCUGUGUUCGCUGGAAACUUUUUGUUGAUCUUUACCUGUUGCCAUGGUUUGUUUGGAAGAGCACAUCUACAGACCUGCAAACAUUUUACUUCCAGUUCUUCCCACUCCAAAGUGGUGCUAUAUCUUCUUUGGAAAUUUUUUGUUUUGUUUAAAAAAGAAUGAAGAAAAACAGUGACUGCUGCCAUAGGCUGCCAUAGAUUGUAAGCAUACGAACAAGACUGUGUGUAUUACUGUUAUUUGGAGAGAACGUUCUGAAAAGUCUAGCUUUGAAGAUCUUGCUGGAUAUGAUGAGGAUUUUAUGAAAAUGUGCCUUUUUUCCCUGAAGAGAUCUUGGACGCUCCAAAGCUUUUCCUGUCACAGAGUGUUUUCUUGAUUCACACGUGUGAGUGUGUGUGUGCGCGUGUGUAUGGGUUUGCUAUGUAGACAGUGGUAUGAGUGGUAUACAUAUUUGCAAGUGGACUUAGUUCAGAAGCAUCAGUGUGACAUUUGCAGAACAUUACAAUGUGGGGCAUUGUUUGUUCCUUCCAUAUUUGGAAGACAAUACAUGUAAAUAAUAUUUUUUUUUACUAAAAUAUGUAAAAUAAAAGACAACCGUAUACAGUGAACAUCUAAAACUAUCAAGAGGGGCUUCAAUGACUUGUAUCCCAAAUGCUUGAAGAAAGCAUUGCUGCUAUGGAAAUAUAUAAUAUAUUUCUAUUUUUAGAAAGGAUUUCUAUGGACCAAAAUGCCCCAGCUGCAGUCUGUCAAAGUUGUUGGUUUAGUUCAUUGUUAUUUUUUUGUUCAUCAUCUGUAAAAUUGGGCAUUAUUUAUGGUUUGUAAAAAAAAAGUUUGCAUUCCUGGUUGUAUGUAUUUGUAAAAAAAGACUUGUACAGUUGGUUGCAAUGCUAAAUGUAUAUUUAAAAGGAAAAAAAUUAAAGGCUUAUAAUGUAUACCACCAUUUUAAUGUACUUAACAUGAUUAUAAUAUGUACCAUUUUUUGUGACCAAACCUGCUGGUUUGCAAUAAAAUCUUGGACAAUAUUUCUCUAAA